GCUCCUUCAACAACAGCUAGUCAGACUCCUCGGUAGCUUUCCAACAAACAUAGCUACAACAUUCACGCUCUUCACACUGUUUUUGGUGUAUAUUAGUCGCUGUGUAUUAAACACACUUCUGUCGUAUGUACUUGUUGGCCCAUUUAACUAUAUGUUUUCGUUGUUUGUCAGCUAGCUGUUUUGCUAAGUUAUCUUAGAACUAAGCUAGUCGCUAAUGCAAGCUAGCUAACUUCCGCGACCAUGAGUUCACUUAGCUACUCUCCUUCUGAUAAAGAAGAGGUCUGCUGGACGGAGGAAGAAGCUCUCGUCAAAGAGGAGGAGGAAGAGAAGGAUGUUACAAUACAAAAACAAGUAGAGGGUGAGGCUGUUACCGUGAAAGAAGAAGAGAAAGACGUUUCAGUGAAAGAAGAGGAAUACGCGUUCAGAGUGAAAGAGGAGGGUGUUACAGUAAAAGAAGAGGAGGAGGAUGCAGUUUAUGGCGUGAAAGAGAAGGGGGAGAUGACUGUCACAUUGGAGGAAGAAGAGGUUGGAGAUCUGUUUAACACCAGAGAGAUACGGGACUAUCGUGGAUCCUCUGGGGAGCCUCAACAACCUCAUGAUUCUGAAGAGGCAGAGAUGAGUCUCUCCAGAUCAGAACACCUCAAUAAACACCUGCAGAGAUCCACAGGGAAGAGACCUCACUGCUGCUCUGACUGUGGGAAGAGAUUCACCUCCUCAUCAGGCAUUAAAAUUCAUCAGAGAAUCCACACAGGAGAGAAACCUUAUAGCUGUGGUCAAUGUGGAAAGAGGUUUACUCAGUCAACAGGCCUGAUAUCACACCAGAGAAUACACACAGGAGAUAAACCUUAUAGCUGUGAUCAAUGUGGGAAGAGUUUUACUACAUCUAGCACUCUGACUUUACACCAGAGAAUACACACAGGAGAGAAGCCUUAUAGCUGUGGUCAAUGUGGGAAGAAGUUUACUCAGUCAACCGGCCUGAUAUCACACCAGAGAAUACACACAGGAGAUAAAUCUUAUUGCUGUGAUCAAUGUGAGAAGAGUUUUACAACAUCUGUCUCUCUGACUUUACACCAGAGAAUACACACAGGAGAGAAACCUUAUAGCUGUGGUCAAUGUGGGAAGAGUUUUGGUCAAUCUGGCAAUCUGACAGUGCACCAGAGAAUACACACAGGAGAAAAACCUUAUAGCUGUGAUCAAUGUGGGAAGAGGUUUACCACAUCUGUCUCUCUGACAGUGCACCAGAGAAUACACACAGGAGAGAAAUCUUAUAGCUGUGGUCAAUGUGGGAAGAGUUUUGGUCAAUCUGGCAAUCUGACAGUGCACCAGAGAAUACACACAGGAGAGAAACCUUAUAGCUGUGAUCAAUGUGGGAAGAGUUUUACUACAUCUGGCUCUCUGACUUUACACCAGAGAAUACACACAGGAGAGAAAUCUUAUAGCUGUGAUCAUUGUGGGAAGAGUUUUACUACAUCUGGCUCUAUGACAGUGCACCAGAGAACACACACAGGAGAGAAAUAUUGUAACGUAUAACUGUUGUCAAUGUGGGAAGAGUUUUACUACAUCUAGCCAGCUGACUUCACACACAGGAGAGACAUCUCCUAACUAUAAUCAAUGUGGGAAGAGAGACACUGAUAAAAGAUGUCUGAUUAAACAUCAGAAAAUACAUGGAGUUGUUUCAUGAU